AUGUUGCCGAGGAGCUUUAAGGCGGCGAAAUGGUAAAGCUUGAUUACCCGUCUGAAUUACCUUCUGGUUCUUCCUCCUUUUUGAUAUUCGCACCAAGCCGACAUCUGUUCUUCUUAAUUGAAUCCAAACAAGAGAGAAUGUUCCACUCGACGGAUUGGUUUGUUUAGACUCUUCUUGUUGGUGGAAGAUGGUCGGUAUUCUUUUUGGAUAAAAUUUACCCUUGUUUGACGACAAUUGUGUUUCUUGUGGAAUCGUCGACAGCAAGACGUCUCUGAAGCUCGCGGUUUCUCGAAUAAAGGUUCUCAAGAACAAAAAGGAUGUCCAGGUGAAGCAGAUGAGGAAGGAUCUUGCACAGCUUCUCAAAACAGGCGAGGACCAGACAGCUCGUAUCCGGGUUAGUGCUACAUAGACCUUCUUUGGCCUCAUUAUGCUCAAAUGUCUGGUAUUUAUUUCAGAAUUAUUAGUCAAUGCUUUCAUCUAGCUGGAUUUUUCUCAGCCUGAGAGCAUUAAUGACAGUGAGAAGAAUGAAUUCGUACCUAGGAGGUGAUUGGAAAUAAAAAUGGCCGUCGAAAAAGGGAUCCAUUCUUUUAGCGAUCUUGGAUAUGAAGUGAGAUCCAAAGAUCUAGUGUGAGUUAAUACUUUCCAGUUGAAGAUCUGCAUCUCAUGGAUAAUUGUUGGAUGAAGUUUUCUAAUCUGCGAAUGAUCAAUAUUUUCAGUUAAAUGAUAAUGGUACCCGUAAAAUUUUGUGGUUUCUGGACAAACAUCAUCUCUCUGUGUCAGCAAUAUCACUCGUAUUGCAUGGAGGUCGAUGCCUGCAUUAGGUGCGCAGUGAGAUAUUAGGUGAAGGGUUUUUUGAUCAAUGGCAUGAUAGCAAAUCCUACUUCCUUGCCAACUAGUUGUUGAACUUAGCUCAACCACUGUAGGUUAUGAUUAAUUGCUUUUACGUCGAUGAUAAUCAGUGAAGAUUGAGAUGCUUCGGUGUUGCAUUAUUGAUUAUUUUACUCUUGAAGGCGCGGUAAACUUCAUUUUCAGGUACAGUAGCUAUCAAUAAAUGGUACGGCUCUCUUGUUUAUUCAUCUUGCCUGUUUCAACUCCAUAAUCGUCACUUAUGUAGGUGUUUAACCUGUUGGUUCGACUCAUAAUCUACCGUGUUAAACGGCCAGAAACAGGAAGUUCUUAAUUUGGGUCCGCCAAAGAAUUAAUGUUUUCCAUAGAUCCACGUGACAACUCCUUUCCUUGCGGAUGAGUACGAUGCACAGUUUCCAACGUUCCAUCCUCUUGUUUCCCCAUCAUCUUAAAAGGAACCCGGGGUGGGGGAUAGCUACUGCCCAUCGUCUUGGCGACUUGUGCAAUACCUACUUCCUACCAAAAAUUAAAAUGGUGAGGUCCCAAUCUUCUCAACAGCCAGAUCUUCAAAAGGAACUCCUGUUGGUCGUUGGGGUUUUUUUUGUGCCGGAACUGUUGCUUCCCUUCAUAGGUCCGAUGCUGCAAGGUCAAUGUCCAGAUCUAAGAUUUAGGAAACGUCUCGUGCAGCCACUCUAAAUCUUCCUUGUAAUUCAGUGGGAAUAUCAGUUUCAAUAUCAUCGUUAGCGGAUUAUACAGUAUGUGUUUCCACACUGGAGGGAGAAGUCCCAAACCCAGAAGCCGACCAACAUCGACCCUGCUGCAGAUGCAUUUUAGUGGUAGAGAGAUCAACACAGAUGAAUGGGAAGCCGAGGGGUUCCUUUGAUCGAACAGGAAGUUCCCAUGUGAAUCAUCUACCAGAUAUUAUUGACAGAAAAGAAUUUUAACUGCUUGUCGCUUGCUAAAUGCCUGUGCUUCCAUUAUGCGUGUCUUCAGAUGCCCUUCAGUUUUCUAUCAGGUUCAAUCUGAAUUUAUAAUUAAAACACCAUGUAAACUUUUUUUUUUUUUUACCGGUGCUUCGGUAUAACCCAUUCAAUUGUCUACAGGUGGAAGAAGUCAUCCGGGAAGAGAAGACCAUGUCAGCAUAUGAUCUUAUUGUGCUAUACUGUGAGCUGAUUGUGUCACGCUUGCCGAUUAUUGAAUCACAAAAGUACAUAUUACUGAAUCAUUUCGUAUUUUGCAUUUUGAAAAGUAUGUUAAAAUGACGACAUAGAUUCCGUUUCUUUUUGUUUGAGCCGCUCUAACGUGUUGGUUUCUCUUUAUAUCUCUAGGUUUACCAACUCUGUUGUAGGCUGAAUUUGGAAAAGAUAGUUAAAAAGAUUUUUGUGAGAAAUGAAGUAAAUGACUACUUUAACGAUAGGGUUAGAUUAAGGAAACAUUUGGAAAAAUUCCUCAGCCGAGUUUCGAUUCUUAUAUUUCUUCUGACGCUGCAACAAUGCAUCGUCCAAUAAAUUGGAUUAUAAUUGUCUUUCAUCGGGUAGCACUAAGAAAAAGACGUGAUAGCCGGGGCAUGCCUCUGUAGCAUCUUCUCUGGUCUUCUUUCAGCAUACAGUCCUGAUCUUGUUUUAACUAGCAUUUCCUGUUAUUUUAUUCUCUCAUUAUUUGGAUUUUUUUCCCCAGGAGAUGCCCCAUUGACCUUAAGGAGGCAAUAUCCAGUAUUAUAUAUGCCUCACCGAGAUGUGCAGAUAUACCGGAACUUUUGGAUGUUCGCAAGCUCUUUUCAGCCAAGUAUGGGAAAGACUUCACUGGGGCAGCGAUCGAGGUUCGACCAGAUUCUGGUGUUAACAGUUUGGUAAGCCAUAAAUGGAAACCUCUUUCCAUCUGCUGAAAAUAAUAUCUUAGGAGCAUGAUUAUGUGCUUCGAGUUUGAGUAUUUUUUAGCCCUUAUUUUUGACGUUCAGUUUGUUUAUAUGCUUUUAGAUUAUCGAGAAGUUAUCAGCAAGAGCUCCUGACACCGAUACAAAAAUCAAGGUUUUGACCGAAGUUGCUCAGGAACACAAAAUAAAUUGGGAGCCUACGGCAUUUGAAGAAAAUAUUGAGGUUCAUCAAAUGGAUCUGCUGGUAACGUAAUUUCUGUGUUCCAUUUGUCUCAUCCAAGGUUAUUUCCUAAUUGAAUGGAACAAAUAAUGAUCCCUAUCUUUUUGUGCCUUAAUAGAAUGGACCUACAUCUUUUACAAGUAGUUCGGCCUUGGAAUCUUCUAGCAUCCGAUCUCGACCUUCUCCUGUACAAAUGCAAGAAGCAGCUACCAAGGCCCAUGAAAGAGAUGUGAACAGUUCCUCGGCUGGUUUCAAUUCCUCUUCGCUUCCUGCUUCGGUGGAAACCUAUUCUCAGCCUGGAACACGAGCCACAGGUAUAAAUUGGUUUUUUUUUCCUCGUCGUAGUCCCACCUUCAUAUAUUUUAAUUAUCCAGUUCACUCUAAUCUGAUCAUGCAAAUGAUAUUAUGAUUGCGUUCGGCUCCUUUUAGGAAGGACGCACGAUGUGGGUGAACCCACUCACUCAAACUAUACGGAAGAGGAGGCUUCUUUGAGUCGUCAGAAGUGGCCAUUGCAAUUCAAAGAUGCAACAUCUGCUGCUCAGGCAGCUGCUGAAUCAGCAGAACGGGCGAGUAUGGCUGCCAGGGCUGCAGCCGAGCUUGCAUCCCGUGGAGAAUUUUGUGAGUAUUCCAAUAUCCCCCCUGAACCAUACACUCACGGAUCCAGAUACGAAGCUAGAAACUUGACGGCUUCAAAAUCACAAGAAUCACAGCAUAGAGACACAAUGGAUAGGAGUCAUAAAACGGAUGAAGCGAGUUCUGCAAGUAAAAGGAUUCGGAAUGUUGUGGGAGGUGUAACUGAGCACGAUCAAGCCGCGAGAGAUGACAGAAGAGUAAGUGACAGCUAUACAAACCCUAGAAGAGAUAGUUCAUCUGAGGAUGAUGCCGAAGAAGUGCCCCAGCGAAUCAACAAAACCAGCAAGGAUGGCUCUCUUGGCGGUGAAACUGCAGAAAGGCAUACCAUCAGACCUGUUUACUCUCCUUUUGUGAACCAUUCGGAUGAUGAAGAUGUUUCUGUUUCAGAUGUCCGAAAUUCAGAUAGCUCCACUCCAAGAAGCGUCAAUGCAGACUCUGUCCACCAGAACUUCAAGAAUGAAGAUCAUCCCGAUAGUUCUGACGCACGUCAAGAGGGGAUUGAGAGGAAGCUUAGAAAAGCUUCAUCUUCUCGUUCCAGUAGCAUUGAUCCUGAGACCGUUUGGGAUUCUCCCAUGAGAAAGAAGUCCUUUGAUCAAAAUAUCUUGUUUAGUUCAGCCCAAGAGAUCAAUCAAAGCGGUUAUAAUAAUGAUCAUCCUGCUCUUUUUGACCCAUCUGAUUCAGACAAUGAGGAACAUUUGGACAUAGACCACAUUUUUCAAAGGCAUGAAUCAGAUUUUCAUGGAACAUCGUUGGGUGUGGACAGUUCUACUCGUCACAAACAGAGAAGUGGAUUUAAUGAGGAUGGCUCGCGUUCCUUGCAUUAUUUGUCAACACAGCCUGUUGAAUCUUCUGGGAGACUUCACGGGGAGACCAGUUUGUCACCACGCGAUGCUGUGGCUUACAAAGAAACUGGCUCAGAUAGUGAAGAUGAGACUUGUGAAGUCCGUGACAGCGGAGAUAAGGCUUCAAACGCUCUGUACCGCAAUCAGAACAUGGGAUCAUCGUUAAAAUCCCCAGUGAGGGAAAACAGAUCCGAUAAAUUUUUACUAUCUCCUACUGCUGCAUAUUCCGAGCCCCAUUCGAGUAAUGAAAGUGGUGAGGGACUGAAGUUGGGAAGGCUAACUGGUGGACUAAAAAACAAAGGUUAUUCUCGCCCUUUUUUCCUUUCAAGCCCUGUGGUUAAUGAGUUCCUUCCAUCAGAAACUUCAACCAGCGAUUCUUCUGAAAAACCAACGGCUUCCCCACUAGACAAGAUGGCAGCAUUUUCUAGUGUCCAGAAGCUAUCUCCCAAAACAAAUGAGUCGAGGCCAAGGCCCCUGAAAGCUUAUGUUUCAGACAGUAGUGAUUCUGAUGAUCUCGAACAACAUCCUGCAUCUGAAAGGAGUGGACGUGGCAGUGUUGGCUCUCUUUUAUCAACAUCAAGAUCAGAUGAUCAUCACCUUGCCGACGAAAAGAAAAAGUUUUCAAGCACAUUCAUGAGACAAGGUUGUGAUGAGCUCGAUCAGGAGAUAUCUUAUCAGAGACCAGUGGGGAGAUCUCCGAGGAAAUCGAGUCAUACCCUUCCAGCAACCUCCAUUGACAAGUAUUCUGUGAAGGAGACUCUAUCGCCUCCUGGGAAACAGGACCUUAGAGGUGCUCCUGCUUCCAUUCUGUCUGACCAAAAACCAGAGGAUACCAGAGCAGGACCCUCCAAUGUUGAGAAGACAUCUGGGCGCACCGACAUUUAUGAUAAGAAAUCACCUAUCAAAACUAGCAAGGGUUCAAAACCAAUUGCAAUCUCCUACUUUGACGAGGACGAAAAUGAGGACGAGGUGGUGUUCCCGCCUCGAAGAGCCCUUGGAAGUGUUGGCAUUAGAAGUGGCAGGGUCUCUCAGAGAACCAGAAGUCCGAGAGUUGACCAGGUCUCGAGCUCACGUCGUGACUCAGGGACUCCUGACUCAGAAACAACUGCUCUGCCACCAACCAUCAGUGUUAAAUCAGAGACGACUCCAUCUCCUCGACAGCAUCAGGAAACCACGGUUUCGGUGCAAAAGGACAGCUCGGGAUCAUCAAAAAGCAGCUUACCUCUCAAGGGUUCAUCUCCGACUGUUUCAAAACAAACUGGCCUACAGGGAAAGAUUGACACUCAGAAGCCGUCUGAACUGGAGAAGGGUUCUAUCUCACGAGAGGGAUCGAUCGGGGGUGCUCCACAUGUUCAUCCAAGACUCCCUGACUAUGAGACACUGGCGGCCCACUUCCACUCACUCCGCUCAAAUCGACGAUGA